GCACUUUAAUAAUUCUCGGGUAUAAUGGGUGUAAUAUUAAUUUCUGUCUUGUGAAAUAUUCUAGAAUCACUUUAAACAGAUUUACAGCGUUUUUCGUACUUUUAAAAAUUGCUUAGGGCAAAAUCCCCUUGUGUGAUAGCCUCCGGCCAUUUCUGCACCACAACUCGCCGAGGAUUUCAGAUUUGUUGAACUCGUUCCAAAGUCGACCAAGUGAAGAGAGAUUUCAAGUUUCUUUUUGCUUAACAUUCUCAACCAUGUAGUUUUCCAGCGAUUUACUAACUGAUGCAACAAUGUCUGUUCCAGAUUCUUUACAUCCUAAUCUAUUGCAAAAUAGCCAGAACGAUAAAUCUUCCAAUUUGAACGUGGGAGGAAGUCUUUUAACUAACUCCAUUCCUAGUGGAAGCCCAAAUUUGAAUAAUUUUGUGGCUCAUAAUGAUAUUAAGCUUAUUGCCUCAGCAUCUGCAGGUUUUAUUUCUCCUCCUACAUUUCCUCCACCUAUCGUCAAUGCCAAGAAAUCCAAGGCAUCGGGCAAAUCGGCCGUGAAUUCCAGCGCUCCGUCUUCCCAGAUGCGUUAUAUUAUCGGGAACUCAACGAAUGCUGCCCAGUCUCCUUCCUCACCGUGUCGGUCACCUGGAUUAGCUAUGGUGACCCCAGCCAGCUCAUUUGUUGGCGCCCCAGUGGCGCUGGGAGCCCCGCCAUCGACGAAUGCCCACCGUCAGACCAUUAUGAUUCGACCCAGUGCCUCCAAUGCCCCUCUUUCCACAAUGUCGCCUUCCCCUACGACUUUGAUGCCUAUUAAUCACGGAAAAGCAGGCGCAUCACCCAUUAAAGAGGAGAAUGCAUGGCCUUUUAUUCCUCCUGGAAAUAACAUGGCCAAAACGGGCUUGCACGUUAAUGCGCAGACGAUUACUGCGCCAAAUACGGCUACGACGAAAGUUGUACCCAUUCGUCCUGGACCAUCGUUGGUUGUUCAGAAUCAGUCCAACGUUUCAGUGAUCCGCCCGAUAUUAUCGGCGGCUGGACUGCAACAAAAUCAUGGAAACUUACCGAAUAAUAUUGGACAACCGAAUAGUGGUAUCGUGCGACAACCCUCACCAACACAGUUCGUAUCUUAUGCUCCAGCCGUACGAACCCCAUUGCUGUUCAGUAUGGAUCCGGCGCGGUUUUCCAAUGGCGUCCACCCUAAUGUUGCUGGUAUGCCUGCCAGUUCCAAUGCCCCAUCGACAGUAUCCCUUUUACCUACAUCCCUUACCCAGCCUUCCACGCCUGUGGGCAGCUCCGCUAAAGUGUUUCCAAAGUCGCCAAUUGUAGUUAAAGAAAAGUCUAAUGCGAAUGCGCGAAAACGCGAUGCGAAUGCAGUCAAAUCAAGGAAACCUAGCGCUGCAAAAAUAAAGCAAGAGGUUUCGCACGCUCCAUUUUCGUCUUGCGUGCCGACUCCUAAAAACCCCGAAGCCUUAUUGAACGGUGUUGGAUUAGCGCCGCAUGUGCCGGCUUCCUUACCUCCUAAAAGAUCACCGGACGGCGAUGAAGUUGCUGCGACUAAGAAAAGAAUCAAGAAGGCCCAUACUGAAGUGGAUAAGUCGGACGUGGUGGUGCCGCCUUCUAUCUCUCCGGGAGGCGUUGUAUCCUCUUCGACUCCGGCGCCGUUGCCGGAAGUGGCCCGUCCAUCCUCCAGAACGUCACCUGGUAGAAGUGUUUCCAGCAUGGGCGACAACGGUGUAACCGACAUUCUAUGUCGUGAUACUUUGUUAGCCGUAUCACCACCUCUUGACGCAAUGAAUGGCACGAACAUUGGAUCCACUGAGAACGGAGCAGUGAGAAAGAAAACCCGGUUGAUGUACGAAAGUGGAAUUAAAAAAUUGCAGCAGAACAAUUUGGAGCCUGUGGAAUCACAGCUUCCCAUGGGAUCGGUUUACUCCGAACCGCCUUCCAGUAUUCAUGUCGAGCAACCAGCGAAUAUAACUUCAGACAUUAAGGAAGAGAAAAAGCCAAGACGACCGAGGAAACCUCGUGAAAAGCCACCGACACCCCGCGUUCCCAAAGCCAGAAAAACGCGGCCUGUUAUAACCACAACAAAAGUUGUGCCGCUCGCGUUAACUCUAAAACAUACCGAAACAGAGGAACAGAAGAAGCAGAGACUGACAAAAUUGGCGAGGAAGUACUUCUCUCUUCCCGAUGAUCAGCGGCAGUGGCUGGCGGCCACCAAAAGUACCAGUCAGCUAAAACUGAUUCGUUGGUUACGGUUAGCGGAUGGAGCUUAUAUGCAUGCAGAAUCGGCGAGGAAUUCAGAAAAGAUGGAGCGACUUCGCGAUCAAAAAAUUCAUGCAGUCAUGGAUCUGGAGAAAUUGCAGGCUCCACUUCAACCGCGCUUAGCGCACUUUCUGCACUCCGAUGAUGUGGCGAAGAAAACUUCGUUGAUAAAAAAGAUUUGUAAUGAGGAAGCACCAACGAAGGGAGAAGUCAAAUGGCUGAAAGGGCAUUAUGAGCGGUUGUGCGAUGCUGAGAGGUCUGUAAUCCAUCAGGGCGAUGCUGCACUAUUGAGUCCUCUAGACAACUACUUGCCUUUAUGCCGAGCUGGGGAGGAGGCAACGAAUUCGAGUUCUGCAAGAAGGGAUGGCUACAACUUACCUUCCACUAGCAGACAUCAUGCUGACGAAGUUCCAUCGACACCUUCUUACAAGUUGGUGGAUUUUAAUUCCGUGCAGACUGCCCAUCAGUACAUCCGGAAAUUUCCCGAUAGCACCAAAGCCAUGGUGGAAUUACUCCCUAGUGGUAUGCCUUGUGCCGUCGUUCUCCUGUUCCAGCUUCCUAACAGCAAAGCAGUUCAUAUUAAAAAGAAAAUCAAAGCGCCCGAAGGAGGAUUCUCGUCUGUAGACGAUGCGCUAAAAGCCGCUGCAUCACUGUUGGAUCGCCUUGUUGUGAAGUUUUUGUGCCUGCCUCCUUUCCCGGUCCAUGUGCGCUAUCCGAUUGUGCCCGGUAGUUUGAACGAUGAUAUGAAGGACACUCCGAUGGCUUCGGAGAUUUCCCGGUGGAACUUUAGCAGGGAUAUGCAUGGGUGGGAAACGGUGCAGUACAUUAACGGACAUGAUCUCCAUGUGGACAUCGAUGAUCGCGGUGCGACCAACUCUGAUCUCUGUACCGACACUGAGAAGUCUACAGUACAAAGUAUGACCCAGAAUUAUCCCGUUGGUGUAGCGCCCACCGAUGAACUGUAUAGGAAUUUGGAGCAACAAAUUCAUACACGAACACCCAUAAAUCUCACGGCGAUGGCCAAUGAUCCUGUAGGGCAGCGGACUUGGCUGAGCUGGGAAUGUCGGCACCUGUCACAGCAGUAUUUUGAUUUGGAAGCAUGUCAGAAGCUCCAUGAAGCCUGGACGCUGGAGACGGUGAACAGGGUGAGGAGUCUGCAAUUGCCUGAUUCUAGUUUGGCUCGACUAGCGCGUCUGAUGGAACUGACUCAGGAUGGCAUUAAGAAGCCGAAGAUGUGCAGUGCAACAAUGAGCAAGACCAUUAAAUUGGGCGAGCAGGUGAGGGAUGUACUGGAAUCCUUCAAGAAAGAGCGACCCAUGACGCGGAGAAAACGAGCGGCGGCGGCUGCACGCAGCCAGCUGCUGGAGAGAUGAGACGUGUGGAUGCGGGAGAAGUCUAUUUGGUUAAAGAAUGGAUCUAUAUUAUAGCCUGUACUUCGGAUAGCCUGGAGCCGUGGAUCUCCGGAGUAGAAAUAUUAAUUCACAUAUGUCUUCGCAGUUCCUGUUUCUUCCGUUUUUGUUAUUUUGUCUGUAUGGUGUUAUUGUUGUCUUGAAAUUUAAUCGUUUGAGAAGUAUUGGUUUGUAAGCAGAACGAUUCGUUGCAGUUGUUGAUGGAGAUUAGCAGUUUAUAGUUUUUAAAAAAUGGUGACUAUCACUACUGUGCCAGAAAAAGCUGUCUAUCAAAAUAUUCUCAGCAUUUGAUGGCAAUUACUUAAUCUCUUUCUCCCUCGUUGAUGUCUCUUUUGCAAUUUUAUGCUUAUCGUUUGGUUGGAGAUUUGACUUUACCAUACACUGUUAUGUAAUGGAACUUUGUAUUGUAAAAUAUGCAAAUUUAGUAAAUUGAGACGA